CAGGCCCUGCCGGACCUGGCGCUGUCUUCAUCUCCCAAGUACCCGCGGUCGCAUCGGGCGGGGAUCAGUACCCCAGAGCGCAAAGCCUGACGCGUCCCCCCUCUUUCACCCCCCCCCCAACCUCCCACCACCCAGCCUCGGGCGGCGAUGAGACAGAGCGGCGCCUCCCAGCCCCUGCUGAUCAACAUGUACCUGCCAGAUCCGGUCGGAGAAGGUCUCUUCAAGGAGGGGAAGAGCCCGGGGUGGGGGCCGCUGAGCCCUGCGGUACAAAAAGGCAGUGGGCAGAUCCAGCUAUGGCAGUUUCUGCUGGAGCUGCUGGCGGACCGUGCCAACGCAGGCUGCAUCGCGUGGGAGGGUGGCCACGGCGAGUUCAAGCUCACGGACCCAGACGAGGUGGCGCGACGCUGGGGCGAGCGCAAGAGCAAGCCCAACAUGAACUACGACAAGUUGAGCCGCGCGCUGCGCUACUACUACGACAAGAACAUCAUGAGCAAGGUGCACGGCAAGCGCUACGCUUACCGCUUCGAUUUCCAGGGCUUGGCGCAGGCCUGCCAGCCGCCCCCGACGCACGCCCAGGCCGCCGCCGCCGCGGCUGCCGCGGCUGCCGCAGCCCAGGACGGCGCACUCUACAAGCUGCCGGCCGGCCUGGCCCCGCUGCCCUUCCCCGGCCUCUCCAAACUCAACCUCAUGGCCGCCUCUGCCGGCGUCGCGCCCACCGGCUUCUCCUACUGGCCGGGCCCGGGCCCCGCCGCCACCGCCGCCGCCACCGCUGCGCUCUACCCCAGCCCGGGUUUGCAGCCCCCGCCCGGGCCCUUCGGCGCCGUAGCCGCCGCCUCGCACUUGGGGGGCCAUUACCACUAG